AUCGGACCUCCUGGGGGCCUGCGCGAGGCGGAGUCUCGGGGACCCUCCCCGCUGGUCUCUCACGCCCAGGCCGGUCCCGGCGCCACCGCCCCUCCCUUUGCCCUUCAGCGCGCCCUGCCCUCCCUGGGCUCGGCGUUUGUCCACGGCUGGGCAGCCGGCCUUUCCCCUUUUGCUUGCCUUCCCUUGCCCUCCCCCGACUAGCGCCAGAGCCUCGGGUGCUGUGGUGUCCCAGACGCCGCACGUAUAGCUUGCUCGCCGGGUAACUCAUUUUAUUUUGGAGUUCCUUUAAUUCUUCUGAAAGAUUUCAAAACCUCCAGAAGCCAAGAUGGGACACAGUAAACAGAUUCGAAUUUUACUACUAAACGAAAUGGAAAAACUGGAAAAGACCCUCUUCAGACUUGAACAAGGGUUUGAACUACAGUUCCGAUUAGGCCCAACUUUGCAGGGAAAAGCAGUUACUGUGUAUACAAACUACCCAUUUCCUGGAGAAACAUUUAAUAGAGAAAAAUUCCGUUCCCUGGAUUGGGAAAAUCCAACAGAAAGAGAAGAUGAUUCUGAUAAAUACUGUAAACUUAAUCUGCAACAGUCUGGAUCAUUUCAGUAUUACUUCCUUCAAGGAAAUGAGAAAAGUGGUGGAGGUUACAUAGUUGUGGACCCUGUUUUACGUGUUGGCAUUGAUGAUCAUGUGUUACACUUGGACUGUGUUACUCUCCAGACAUUCUUAGCCAAGUGUUUAGGACCUUUGGAUGAAUGGGAAGACAGACUGAGGGUUGCAAAAGAAUCAGGUUACAACAUGAUUCAUUUCACCCCACUGCAGACUCUUGGACUAUCUAGGUCAUGCUACUCCCUUGCUGAUCAGUUAGAAUUAAAUCCUGACUUUUCAAGACCUAAUAAAAAGUAUACAUGGAAUGAUGUUGGACAGGUAGUGGAAAAACUGAAAAAAGAAUGGAAUAUUCUUUGUAUUACAGAUGUUGUCUACAAUCAUACUGCUGCUAAUAGCAAAUGGAUCCAGGAACAUCCAGAAUCUGCAUAUAAUCUUGUGAAUUCUCCACACUUAAAACCUGCUUGGGUCUUAGACCGAGCAUUCUGGCAUUUUUCCUGUGAUGUUGCAGAAGGGAAAUACAAAGAAAAAGGAAUACCUGCUUUGAUUGAAAAUGAUCACCACUUGAAUUGCAUUCGAAAAAUAAUUUGGGAGGAUAUUUUUCCAAAGAUCCAACUCUGGGAAUUUUUCCAAGUAGAUGUUCACAAAGCAGUUGAACAAUUUAGAAGACUUCUUACACAAGAAAAUAGGAGGGUAACCAAGUCUGAUCCAAAGCAGCAUCUGAAGAUUAUUCAGGAUCCUGAAUACAGACGGCUUGGCUGCACUGUGGAUAUGAACAUUGCACUAGCAACUUUCAAACCACAUGACAAUGGGCCAGCUGCGAUUGAAGAAUGCUGUAAUUGGUUCCGUAAUAGAAUUGAUGAGUUGAAUUCAGAGAAGCAUCAACUCAUGAACUAUCAUCAGGAACAGGCAGUUAAUUGCCUUUUGGGAAAUGUGUUUUAUGAACGACUGGCUGGCCAUGGACCUAAACUAGGACCUGUCACUAGAAAAUAUCCUUUAGUUACCAGAUAUUUUACUUUUCCAUUUGAAGAAAUGGACUUAUCUGCAGAAGAAUCUAUGAUUCACCUCCCAAAUAAAGCUUGUUUUUUCAUGGCACAUAAUGGAUGGGUGAUGGGAGAUGAUCCUCUUCGAAACUUUGCUGAACCAGGUUCAAAUGUUUAUUUAAGGAGAGAACUGAUUUGCUGGGGAGACAGUGUUAAAUUACGCUAUGGAAAUAAACCAGAGGACUGCCCUUAUCUCUGGGCACACAUGAAAAAAUAUACCGAAAUAACUGCAACUUAUUUCCAGGGAGUGCGUCUUGAUAACUGCCACUCAACACCUCUGCACGUAGCUGAGUACAUGUUGGAUGCCGCUAGGAAAUUACAGCCCAAUUUAUAUGUAGUAGCUGAACUGUUCACGGGAAGCGAAGAACUGGACAAUAUCUUCGUUACUAGACUGGGCAUUAGUUCCUUAAUAAGAGAGGCAAUGAGUGCAUAUAAUAGUCAUGAAGAGGGCAGGUUAGUUUACCGAUACGGAGGAGAACCUGUUGGAUCUUUUGUUCAGCCUUGUUUGAGACCCUUAAUGCCAGCUAUUGCACAUGCCCUGUUUAUGGAUAUUACCCAUGAUAACGAGUGUCCUAUUGUGCAUAGAUCAGCCUAUGAUGCUCUCCCAAGUACCACAAUUGUUUCUAUGGCAUGUUGUGCUAGUGGAAGUACACGAGGCUAUGAUGAACUAGUACCUCAUCAGAUAUCAGUGGUUUCUGAAGAACGGUUUUACACUAAGUGGAAUCCUGGAGCAUCACCAUCAAAUACCAGUGAUGUUAAUUUCCAAAGUGGAAUUAUUGCAGCCCGGCGUGCUGUCAAUAAACUUCAUCAAGAACUUGGAGCCAAGGGUUUUAUUCAGGUUUAUGUGGAUCAGGUUGAUGAAGACAUAGUGGCAGUAACCAGACAUUCUCCCAGUAUCCAUCAGUCUGUUGUGGCUGUAUCUAGAACUGCUUUCAGAAAUCCCAAAACUUCAUUUUAUAGCAAAGAAGUGCCUCAAAUGUGUAUCCCUGGCAAAAUUGAAGAAGUAGUUCUUGAAGCCAGAACUAUUGAGAGAAAUACAAAACCUUAUAGGAAGGAUGAGAAGUCAAUCAAUGGAAUGCCAAAUAUCACAGUAGAAAUUAAAGAACAUAUUCAGCUUAAUGAAAGUAAAAUUGUUAAACAAGCUGGAGUUGCCACAAAAGGGCCCAAUGAAUAUAUUCAAGAAAUAGAAUUUGAAAACUUGUCUCCAGGAAGUGUUAUUAUAUUCAGAGUUAGCCUUGAUCCACAUGCACAAGUUGCUGUUGGAAUUCUUCGAAAUCAUCUGACACAGUUCAGUCCUCACUUUAAAUCUGGGAGCCUUGUUGUUGACAACGCAGAUCCUAUAUUAAAAAUCCCUUUUGCUUCUAUUGCCUCCAAAUUAACUUUGGCUGAGCUAAAUCAGAUACUUUACCGAUGUGAAUCAGAAGAACAGGAAGAUGGUGGAGGUUGCUAUGACAUACCAAACUGGUCAUCCCUUAAAUAUGCAGGUCUUCAAGGGUUAAUGUCCGUAUUGGCAGAAAUAAGACCAAAGAAUGACUUGGGGCAUCCUUUUUGUGAAAAUUUGAGAUCUGGAGAUUGGAUGAUCGAUUAUGUCAGUGGCCGGCUAAUUUCACGAUCAGGAACUGUUGCUGAAGUUGGUAAAUGGCUGCAGGCUAUGUUCUUCUACUUGAAGCAGAUCCCACGAUACCUUAUCCCUUGUUACUUUGAUGCUAUAUUAAUUGGUGCAUAUACCACUCUUCUGGAUACAGCAUGGAAGCAGAUGUCAAGCUUUGUUCAGAAUGGUUCAACCUUUGUGAAACACCUUUCAUUGGGUUCAGUUCAAAUGUGUGGAGUAGGAAAAUUCCCUUCCCUGCCACUUCUUUCACCUUCACUUCCAGAUGUACCAUAUAGAUUGAAUGAGAUCACAAAAGAAAAGCAGCAGUGUUGUGCUUCUCUAGCUGCAGGCUUACCUCAUUUUUCUUCUGGUCUUUUCCGCUGCUGGGGAAGGGAUACUUUUAUUGCACUUAAAGGUUUACUACUGGUUACUGGACGGUAUUUAGAAGCCAGGAAUAUUAUUUUAGCAUUUGCUGGUACCCUGAGGCAUGGUCUCAUUCCUAAUCUCCUCGGUGAAGGAACUUAUGCCAGAUAUAAUUGCCGGGAUGCUGUGUGGUGGUGGCUGCAGUGUAUUCAGGAUUACUGUAAAAUGGUUCCAAACGGUCUAGACAUUCUCAAGUGCCCAGUUUCCAGAAUGUAUCCAACAGAUGAUUCUGUUCCUUUGCCUGCUGGUACACUGGAUCAGCCAUUGUUUGAAGUGAUACAGGAAGCUAUGCAAAGACACAUGCAGGGCAUACAGUUCCGAGAAAGGAAUGCUGGGCCACAAAUAGAUCGAAACAUGAAGGACGAAGGCUUUAAUAUAACUGCAGGGGUUGAUGAAAAAACAGGAUUUAUUUAUGGAGGAAAUCGCUUAAAUUGUGGCACAUGGAUGGAUAAAAUGGGAGAAAGUGACAGAGCUAGAAACAGAGGAAUCCCAGCCACUCCAAGAGAUGGGUCUGCUGUGGAAAUUGUGGGCUUGUGUAAAUCUGCUGUUCGUUGGUUGCUGGAAUUAUCCAAAAAAAAUAUUUUUCCUUAUCAUGAAGUUAGAAUAAAAAGACAUGGGAAGGUUGUAACGGUCUCAUAUGAAGAAUGGAACAGAAAAAUACAAGACAACUUUGAAAAACUGUUUCAUGUUUCAGAAGAUCCUUCUGAUUCUAAUGAGAAGCAUCCAAAUCUAGUUCACAAACGUGGCAUAUAUAAAGAUAGUUACGGAGCUUCAAGUCCUUGGUGUGACUAUCAGCUCAGGCCUAAUUUUACCAUAGCAAUGGUCGUGGCCCCUGAGCUCUUUACUACAGAAAAAGCAUGGAAAGCAUUGGAGAUUGCAGAAAAAAAAUUACUUGGUCCCCUUGGCAUGAAAACUUUAGAUCCAGAUGAUAUGGUUUACUGUGGAAUAUAUGACAAUGCCUUAGACAAUGACAACUACAAUCUUGCUAGAGGUUUCAAUUAUCACCAAGGACCUGAGUGGCUAUGGCCUGUUGGGUAUUUUCUUCGUGCAAAGUUAUAUUUUUCCAGAUUGAUGGGUCCAGAGACUAGUGCAAAGACUAUCUUUUUGGUUAAAAAUGUUCUUUCCCGACAUUAUGUUCAUCUUGAGAGAUCCCCUUGGAAAGGACUUCCAGAACUGACCAAUGAGAAUGGCCAGUAUUGUCCUUUCAGCUGUGAGACACAAGCCUGGUCAAUUGCUACUCUUCUUGAAACACUUUAUGAUUUAUAGUUUGUUCGAAUAUAUUUAAUAUAUAUGCAACUUCAUUAUGCAAUGCACGAUCAUAAUGCAAAUGCCUAUGUACACAAAUGCAAGUGGUUUUAAAAAUCUUUCAUAUAAUAUUGAUGCCUAAUUAGGUAAGUUUAUGAAAACAUUGAUUUUUCUUUUUCUUUUCUUUAUGUAUGAAGAUAGAUUUCAAUUUGAAUAAGAGAAAAAUUAUGAUUACCAACAGAAUUUUCUUUUGAGUUCAUUAAGUAUUCUUCAAGCAUAGAAAUCCAGAGUUAGAAAAAGAAAACUUACAUAAUCUUAAAUUUGUACAAAAGUGAAAUUUGGAAAAAUGGAAAAGUAUCUUCAAAUUGUGGUGUAUAUUCAAGAACAAUACAUCUGAAUGGACUGAGGUUCAUUAAUAUUCUCACCAUUUUCUAUAGCCUUCUUAAUACCUUAUUCAAUACAUAUUUCAGAAGUACUUCAUACGUAGAAUGAUCAGUUUCCACCUACAAUAUAUAUUCAUAAAUGAAGCACAGGUGUUCAAGAUGUGAUUUUUUUCACUCAUAUAUGAAUAUGUUUUCAAAUGUUAUAAAUGCUAAUAGUUUGUUAAAGACAACUGACUUGUGCUAAUGAUGCAUAGAAUGGUGGAAAAGCAGAACAUUAAGAAAUUUAUUUCAUAAAAACAGUUUUGUAAAAUUAGGCUUGAGUUCCACUUCCCUGUUUUAUGUAAGAUGGCUUACAUUUUCAAAAUGGAAAUUAUUGGUCAUAUUUGUGAGAACUUUCAAGAAGAAAACAAUGUUAUAUUAAUUUUUUAAAACUUGAUAGCUCUCUUUAGUUUCUAUGCAAAAAUCUAUUGACAGAUCAUAAUGGAUACUGAUUCCUAUUAACGAAAAUCUACAUUGACAAGUUCAGUAUUGAGAACAAUCUUUUUUUGUGUGUGUCAUGCUGGGGAUCGAACCCAGGCCUCAUGCAUGCUAGAAAAGCAUUCUAUCACUGAGCCACACCCCUAGGCCAAGAACAAUCUUAAUAUAAAAAAACUACAGAUACAAAUUUAGUAGUUAUCUUGAACCCAAUAAAAUAAUUUGAAAUGUUUUAUAUUAAGAUACCUUAUAUCCGAAAAUGACAUAAAAGGAAAAAAGUUUUUAACUUUUAUAUGAGUUGACAUUUUUGAGUAGUACUUAUUUCCUAGGUGGAAUUUUUUAUUGUUUUUGUCUCAAGAGAGUAAAUUAAAAUUAUAUCAUUAUAGCUUCAUUUGGAAGAAAGUAGUCGUAAAAAUCCUUUCAUUACUAUUUAAUAUUAUUCAGGGAUAUGUAUAUGUUUAUAUAUAAAAUAAUGAUACAGUAGAAUUUUUCUCAACAACCUUAACUAAGACUGAGAAAUGAAAAUAAAGACAAACAUGCAAGCUACAAUUUCUGAGUACCAAAAAUCUAUAAAUCUAUCAAAUGUCAAGUGUCCAUGCUUAAAGGCUCAUGCAGUUUACUGUAAGAUUACCUACCCACCCUUCUUCAAAGCUGAUCUUCUUUAGAAAUAGUUUUCACUAGUUUAGUUUUCUGGUUACCUAACCUAGAGCAGAUUAAGUCCUACAAAUUCAAGGAAGUUUGUGAUAGGAAUCUGACUAUUUAUAAACAAGAAUUUCCAGAUUUUCCUUUCUUCUUCAAUUCCUCCCUUAAUAUAUAACUUCCUCUAAACUUUAGGGGAAAAAGGAAUGACCUUAGCCAGACCUCGAAGCCCAUACCUGUAAUCCUAACAACUCGAAAGUCUGAGGCAGGAGGAUCACAAGUUCAAGGCCAGCCUGGACAACUUAGUGAGAUCCUGUCUUAAAAUGAAAACUGAAAAGGACUAGAGAUGUAGCUUAGUGAUAGAGCACCACUGGGUUCAAUCCCCAGUACUGGAAAAAAAAAAAAAUGACCUUCCUUGAGGGAACCAUUAGUUCAUCCAGGGUUUAUGUAGCUAUGUUGCUCUA